GCCCUUACUGGUUGUUUUUUUCAUAGGGUCCCAAACAGCUUUGAGAUUUGGCAUAUUUGCUUACUGUCUAGCAGCAAAAUGGCGACUGUCAUUCAGAAUCCUCUCAAAUCACUAGGUGACCAGUUCUACCGGGAGGCCAUAGAACACUGUCGCAGCUACAACGCCCGUCUGUGUGCCGAGCGGAGCGUCCGCAUGCCCUUCCUGGACAACCAGACUGGCGUGGCCCAGAACAACUGCUAUAUCUGGAUGGAACAGCGCCACCGCGGGCCAGGUCUGGGUGCUGGACAGAUGUAUGCGUACCCAGCGCGAUGUUGGAGGAAGAAGAGGCGGCUUCACCCCCCCAUGGACCCUCAGCUACGACUCUGUGAACUACGACUGGAGGCAGAGCUGGCUCCUAAGAGGGAGCCCUCCCCAGGAGAGGCCACAGCUCUGGAGACUCUGCUCAGAGGGGAGGGACUACUGGAGAAGAAGAAAGACAUCAAGGAGGACGAGACCCUUCUGGAGAUACAGAGGGUCUUGGAGGCCGACGAGAAUGGGGACGAUUUUCAUGAUGACAAUGAGGACUUUGAAGUGGACACUCCGAAGAGGAAGCAGAGGAAAGGAAGGGGCCGAGGAUCCAGCCGCAGGAGGGCGGAGGCUGUGUCCAACGACGACGUGGAUAAACCUUACGUCUGUGACAACAGAUACAAACAAAAGCAUAACUCAAAAACUGCUGACUCAGUCUGUGGCAAGCGCUAUAAGAACCGUCCAGGUCUGAGCUACCACUACGCACACACACACCUGGCGGAGGAGGAGGGAGAGGAGAGGGAGGAGAGGGAGGAGAGGGAGGAAGAGAUGCCACCGUCCCCACCACCACACCGACCAGACCCAGACCCCGACAACCACAAACCUCAGAGGGCGGCAGACGGCUCCAUCAUCCCUAACGACUACUGUGACUUCUGUCUGGGAGACUCUGACUCUAACAGGAAGACUGGCCAGGCUGAGGAGCUGGUGUCCUGCUCUGACUGCGGCCGUUCCGGCCACCCUACCUGUCUGCAGUUCACAGACAACAUGAUGACGGCGGUGAAGACCUACCAGUGGCAGUGCAUCGAGUGCAAGUCCUGCAGUCUCUGCGGCACCUCCGAGAACGACGACCAGCUGUUGUUCUGUGACGACUGUGACAGAGGAUACCACAUGUACUGUCUGAAACCCCCCAUGACCAAACCUCCUGAGGGGAGCUGGAGCUGUCACCUGUGUUUGGAUCUGUUGAAGGACAAGGCAUCAGCCUAUGAAGAGCCAUAGCGUCUCACACACACACACACACACACACACACACACACACACACACACACACACACACACACACACACACACACACACACACACACACACACACACACACACACACACACACACACACACACACACACACACACACACACACACACAAUGGAUUUACAGGCUCAGGGUGCAUAUUCAGUCUCAUCUCGUUCAGUUUCUCAGUUUCUAUCUUAAGGACUAUCCUCUACCUCUGAAGUUGAAACAAUGUCAUGAUGUGGAUUAUAAACACCACAAAGAAAAUCGUCAAAUAGUAAUCUUUGCUACACAGUGUUUGACACUAUGCUGUUCUACCAUGUAGUCUCUUCUGACUGUUAGCUCGCUAGAGAUGUUUGUGCUGAGGUCAAAAAUGCAUUAUGUACCGGAAACAAGGAGAAUUUAUGUCUGUUUGUUUAAAUUUCAGUUUCCAGUCGUCUCUUUGUUAAGAUUUCACAGUGACGUUCUUUCAUAUUGCACCAAGACAUAUUGCAUAUUUGAAAUAGCGUUACUCACAGGACUUAUCAAGCAUCCUUUAAUUUUUUGAAGGGAGUCAUUGCAGCCAUUAUUUAAUUUCAGUUGGAUCUUAGCCAGGUUUGUGGUUACUAGGAUACUUAAUGUACCUCAUGACGAUGAUCUAAACCGUUAUUCAUUUAAAACGUGUCUUAUUUAUACAUUUCUGGUUAUUGUGACUGUUGGAUGGAUGGUUUUGUUUGUAAAACAGAAGCAACACAAUAUGGUGGUAAUCCCACUCCAUUUCCCCAGUUCUGGUAGAUUAUGUUGCGCUCUCUGUUAAUGUGUUACCAUACAAGAGAGUUUACAUGCUGUUCAAUGAUAUUUUGUAGAUCGUUGUAGGAAACUGGUAAAGGGCUUUAUACGUAGAACAUAGAGAGAAACAUACAACAUUCACACCCCUGGACUUUUCCCAAUUUAAUUUAAUUAAUUAAAUUUUUUGUGUCAACAAUCUACACAAAUUACUCUUUAAUUUAAAAGUGGAAGAAAAAAAAUCUAACUUUUGUGUGUAAAAAAAAUAAAAUAGAAGGAAAAAGGUAAUCUUGAUUACACAAGUAUUCAACCCUCCCCCUGAGUCAAUACAUGUUAGAAUCACCUUUGGCAGCGAUUACAGCUGUGAGUCUUUCUGGGUAAGUCUCUUAAGAGCUUUACACACAUGGAUUGUACAAUAUUUGCACAUUAUAGAAGAAAAAAAUUCAAGCUCUCAAGUUGGUUGGUGAUCAUUGCUAGACAACCAUUUUCAAGUUUUGCCAUACAUUUUCAAGACGAUUUAAGUCUUAACUGUAACUAAGCCACACGGGAACAUUCAAUGUAGUUUUGGUAUGCAACUCCAGUGUAUAUUUGGCCUUGUGUUUUAGGUUUAUAGUCCUGCUGAAAAAGAAGACUGAACCAGGUUUUCCUCUAGGAUUUUGCCAUUUCUUUUUAUCCUAAAACACUCCCUAGUUCUUGCUGAUGACAAGCAUACCCAUAACAGGAAGCAGCCACCACUAUGCUUGAAAAUGGUACUCAGUGAUGUGUUGUGUUGGAUUUGCCCCAAACAUAAAGCUUUCUAUUCAAGACAUAAAGUUAAUUUCUUUGCCAUUUUUUUUUUUCAGUAUUACUUUAGUGCCUUGUUACAAACAGGAUGCAUGUUUUGGAAUAUUUAUAUUCUGUACAGGCUUCCUUCUUUUCCAUCUGUCAUUGAGGUUAGUAUUAUGGAGUGACUACAAUGUUGUUUAUCCAUCCACAGUUUUCUCCUAUCACAGCUAUUAAACUCUGUAACUGUUUUAAAGUCACCAUUGGCCUCGUGGUGAAAUCCCUGCGCGGUUUUCUUCCUCUCCGGCAACAGAGUUAAGGUAAGAAACUGAGUUACGAAGGACGCCUGUAUCGUUGUAGUGACAGGCUGUAAUGAUACACCAUUCAAAGUGUAAUUACCAAUAGGUGUCCUUCUUUGCGAGGCAUUGGAAAACCUCCCUGGUCUUUGUGGUUGAAUCUGAGUUUGACAUUCACUGCUCGAAUGAGGGGUCUUACAAUUAUCUGUACAUGUGGAGUAUGAGGUAGUCAUUAAAAAAAUCAUGUUAAACAGUAUUAUUGCACACAGAGUGAGUCCAUGCAGCUUAUUAUGUGACUUGUUAAGCAAAAUUUUACUCCUGAACUUAUUUAGGCUUACCAUAACAAAAGGGUUGAAUACUUAUAGACUCAAGAUAUUUCAGCGUUUAAUUUUUUAUUGACUUGUCAAAAUAUCUAAAAACAUAAUUCCACUUUGACAUUAUGAACCAGUGGGCUCCCGAGUAGCGCAACAGUCUAAGUGCACUGCGUCUAAGUGGUAGAGGCGUCACUACAGACCCUGGUUCCAUUCCAGGCUGUAUUACAACCGGCCGUGAUUGGGAGUCCCAUAGGGCGGUGCACAAUUGGCCCAGCGUCGUCUGGGUUUGGCCGGGGUAGGCCGUCAUUGUAAAUAAGUAUUUGUUCUUAACUGACUUGCCUAGUUAAAUAAAACAUUCUGGGGUAUUGUGUGUAAACCAGUGACACAAAAUCUAAAUGUAAUCCAUUUUAAAUUCAGGCUGUAACACAACAAAAAAUGUGGAAAAAGUCAAGGGGUGUGAAUACUUUCUGAUGGCUCUGUAUACACAUAGACACAAUCCAUUCUCACUUACAUGGUCAAGAACAUACACAACAUACAGGGGCGGCAGCGUAGCCUAGUGGUUAGAGCGUUGGACCAGUAACUGAAAGGGUUGUAAGCUGACAAGGUACAAAUCUGUCGUUCUGCCCCUGAACAAGGCAGUUAACCCACUGUUCUUAAACCAUCAUUGAAAAUUAGAAUUUGUUCUUAACUGACUUGCCUCGUAAAAUAAAUAAAAAAACAGAAUAUACAUACCUCGAAGCUCUACCACCACGUUUCAGUCAAUAGUGCAUAGCUAUCAUUCAACUAGUGUGUAGGAUACCUCACAUUCCCCAUGAUGCAUCAGUUUUUGAAUAUAUUUAUUUUAUGUAUUAGUAAAUGUCAACUUGUUUUAUAGGCUUCCCUUCGACUUUGUAUAUCAUUCCAAACUUUUCAUGUAAAACUCCAAAUGAUUUAUAAAAUGAUUCAGGUUCUUCCAUGUCAACAAUAUGUUAAUAGAUUGCACUGAACACAGGUAAUAUACUGUAUAUUUCAUAUAGAUUUCUUAUAGGACUAUUGGAUAGAUUUGAAGAACCCUGAAGGAAACCUAUAGCCUAAAAUACAAUCCUGAAUUAUAGUGGCAGAAGACCUGAAGAUGUGUUAGCCAUGUUGUUAAAAAAAAAUCUCUAUAUAUAUAGUAUUUAAUGCAAAAACUAAUUACAGUGUCACGACAGGAAAUGUCUUACAAGCAAUUUUAUUAUUUUGUUUUGUGCUUUUAAAAAAAAAAUUAUAUUGUUUCUCCACAGACAAUCAUGAAGUAAAGUAAAUGUAUUAGAAAAAGUUUUAGAACACCUACUCAUUCAAGGGUUUUUCAAUAUUUUUUACUAUUUUCUACAAUAUUGUAGAAAAAUGGUGAAGACAUCAAAACUAUGAAAUAACACAUAUGGAAUCAUGUAGUAACCAAAAAUGUGUUAAACAAAUCUAAAUAUAUUUUAUAUUUGAAAAUCUUUAAAUAGCCACCUUUUGCCUUGAUGACAGCUUUGCACACUCUUGGCAUUCUCUCAACCAGCUUCACCUGGAAUGCUUUUCCAACUGUCUUGAAGGAUUUCCCACAUAUGCUGAGCACUUUUUGGCUGCUUUUUCUUCACUCUGCGGUCCGACAUGCCAAACCAUCUCAAUUUGGUUGAGGUCGGGGGAUUGUGGAGGCCAGGUCAUCUGAUGCAGCACUCCAUCACUUUCCUUCUUGGUCAAAUAGCCCUUACACAGCCUGGAGGCAUGUUGGGUCAUUGUCCUGUUGAAAAACAUAUGAUAGUCCCACUAAGCCCAAACCAGAUGGGAUGGCAUAUCGCUGCAGAAUGCUGUGGUAGCCAUGCUGGUUAAGUGUGCCUUGAAUUCUAAAUAAAUCACAGACAGUGUCACCAGCAAAGUACCCCCACACCAUAACACCUCCUCCUCCGUGCUUCACGGUGGGAAAUACACAGAUCAUCCGUUCCCCCACACAGUGUCUCACAAAAACAUGGUGGCUGGAACCAAAAAUCUCCAAUUUGGACUCCAGACCAAAGGACAAAUUUCAACUGUAUAGCCAGUUUCAUCGUAGCGCUUAAUGGUUUUUGCAACUGCACUUGAAUAAACUUUCAAAGUUUUUUAAAUGUUCUGUAUUGACUGACCUUCAUGUCUUAAAGUAAUGAUGGACUGUCAUUUCUCUUUACUUAUUUGAGCUCUUCUUGCCAUAAAAUGGACUUGGUAUUUUACCAAAUAGGGUUAUCUUCUGUAUACCACCCCUACCUUGUCACAUUGAAAUGCAUUCCAGGUGACUAUCUCAUGAAGCUGGUUGAGAGAAUGCCAAGAGUGUACAAAGUUGUCAUCAAGGCAAAGGGUGGCUAAGAAUCUGAAAUAUAAAAUGUAUUUUUAUUUGGUUACUCCACUUUUUUGGUUACUACAUGAUACCAUAUGUGUUAUUUCAUAGUUUUGAUGUCUUCAAUAUUAUUCUGUAUUGUAGAAAAUAGUAAAAAUAAAGAAAAACCCUUGAAUGAGUAGGUGUUCUAAAACUUUUGACCGGUAGUGUAUUUAAGGAAUUGGGUGCCAUUUGAGAUGCAUCCAUGAUGCCAAUAACAUUUUAAUAUUUUAGAUUUCUUCCCCUCUCAUGUCAGCCAUUUUAACAACAUGUCUUCUUGUUUAUAUCACCAUGCCAACUUCCCACUCCAAGAAAUGUAUGUGUCAAUAUAAUUUUGUUUUAUAUUGGAGACCAUCAAUUUUAUAUGGAUAUCAUAUUGUGUCAGUUUUGGGUACUUUGUUGAAAGUUUGUAUGUUCGUUUUUGUGUUGAAAUAAAGAUUUUGAAGAAGUC